AUGUGGUACGCUGCCACGUCGGCUCGCGUCGAUUCCUCUAGUGGUGCUAACUGCUCCCAGUGGCAUUUUUGGCUACAUCAACUAUCUCAUCGAAAGGGAUCGGAAAUACAUCCUAGACACUCUCGUGAAUGGUUGGUUUCUUCCUCUGUCUACCAUGGUCUCUUGCGGCUCGAAUAUCGUGGUUAUGACUCGGCCGGGCUUGCCAUUGACGGUGACAAGAAGAAUGAGGUCUUCGCCUUCAAGGAGGUUGGCAAGGUUGCCAAACUGAAGGAGUUGAUCGACGAUUCCAAUAUUGAUUUGACCAAGACCUUCGACUCUCAUGCUGGUAUUGCCCACACCCGCUGGGCCACUCAUGGGCCCCCUUCUCGACUGAACUGCCACCCUCACAGGUCUGAUCCCAAAUGGGAGUUUUCCGUGGUUCACAACGGUAUUAUCACCAACUACAAGGAAUUGAAAGCACUCCUUGAGAGUAAAGGAUUCCGUUUCGAGACUGAGACAGAUACGGAGUGUAUUGCGAAACUGGCCAAGUACCUCUAUGAUCAGCAUCCGGACAUUGAUUUCACUGUUUUGGCGAAAGCCGUGGUGAAAGAACUCGAGGGUGCCUUUGGUCUUCUGAUGAAGUCGGUGCACUAUCCACAUGAAGUCAUCGCUGCCCGCAAGGGUUCUCCAUUGGUCAUAGGUGUGCGCACCGCGAAGAAAAUGAAGGUGGACUUUGUGGACGUCGAGUUUUCAGAGGAAGGGGCUCUCCCCGCCGAGCAAGCUUCUCAGAAUGUGGCUAUCAAGAAAUCUGCCACCAGUCUCCUCGCGCCGCCAGACAAAUCGUUGUUGCAUCGCUCUCAAUCUCGGGCCUUCCUCUCCGAUGAUGGCGUCCCUCAGCCGGCCGAAUUUUUCCUUUCGUCUGAUCCAUCUGCGAUCGUGGAACACACGAAGAAGGUCCUUUACCUAGAAGACGAUGACAUUGCUCACAUUCAUGAUGGUCAGCUUAAUAUUCACCGCUUGACCAAAGAUGAUGGCACUUCCAAUGUUCGAGCCAUCCAGACAAUCGAACUGGAGUUGCAGGAGAUCAUGAAGGGCAAAUUUGACCACUUCAUGCAAAAGGAGAUCUUCGAGCAGCCUGAAUCCGUGGUCAACACCAUGAGAGGCCGUCUGGAUGUCGAAAACAAGAAAGUUACACUUGGUGGCCUUCGGCAGUACAUCUCUACCAUUCGUCGCUGCAGAAGGAUCAUCUUUAUCGCCUGUGGAACCAGCUACCACUCUUGUAUGGCUGUUCGUGGUAUCUUUGAGGAGCUGACCGAGAUUCCCAUCUCGGUUGAAUUGGCCUCCGAUUUCUUGGACCGGCAGGCACCUGUGUUCCGUGAUGACACUUGCGUCUUUGUAUCUCAGUCUGGAGAGACGGCAGAUUCUCUCAUGGCGCUCCGGUAUUGCCUGGAACGUGGCGCUCUGACUGUUGGUAUCGUCAAUGUUGUGGGUUCUUCGAUCUCUCUUCUCACCCAUUGCGGUGUGCAUAUCAAUGCUGGUCCGGAGAUUGGUGUCGCUUCCACCAAGGCAUAUACAUCUCAAUUCGUUGCUAUGGUGAUGUUUGCGCUCUCUCUGAGCGAGGAUCGCGUGUCGAAACAGAAGAGGAGAGAAGAAAUCAUGGAGGGACUGUCAAAGAUUUCUGACCAAUUCAGAGAAAUUUUGAAACUCAGUGAGCCAAUUAAGGAAAUGUGCAAGAAAUUCUUCAAGAACCAGAAGAGCUUGCUUCUCCUGGGCAGAGGCAGUCAAUAUUCAACCGCACUCGAAGGCGCACUCAAGAUUAAAGAGAUUUCCUACCUCCACUGCGAGGCGGUCAUGUCGGGCGAGCUUAAACAUGGCGUUCUGGCCCUGGUCGACGAAAACCUUCCGAUUAUUAUGAUCCUUACCCGUGACAAUAUCUUUACAAAGUCUUUGAAUGCCUAUCAGCAAGUCAUUGCCCGUGGUGGUCGUCCUAUCGUGAUCUGCAACAAAGAUGACGAAGAGUUCCCGGCCUCGCAGACGGAGAAAAUCGAGGUACCGAAGACGGUCGAUUGUUUGCAAGGUCUUCUAAACGUCAUCCCAUUGCAGCUGAUUGCCUAUUGGCUUGCUGUUGAAGAAGGCUUGAACGUGGACUUUCCCCGUAACCUCGCGAAGUCGGUGACGGUGGAGUAG